CACAAGGGUUAAGUUAAGUGUUUCUAGUUUCUAUUUUGUUUAGCUUUGUAUGUUUGUGCUUUAGCGUUCAGUAUUAGAGUAAUUAAAGCUGCCUCUUUUAGUUCACUCCCUUUGUUUCCAAGUCCUGCUAUUGGGGCCUAGCUCUGCCUGCCACACAGUCAUCGUGAUAAUUUCAAUGUCAAAGUCAAUUUUACUUAUAUUGCACACUUCAUUCUUUAAAGGAAUUAAAACAGCAAAAACAAAACAUUUAAAUAUAUAAACUUGCAGGCAAUUUGAGUAAAUUCCUUUAACUUGAUAUCCAAGCUCAUUGGAGUCCAGGAACUGCCCUUCACCGUCAGGCCUGGUGUCAGUACCAUGUGCACUGGAACGUGAACAUAUAGAGGAACGUUAUGUUCAGCGAUGAGUCCAGGUUCUUCCUACAGCUCACUGCUUCAGCUUGUGCUUAAUGGAUUCUUAUAAGAUUCAUGAGAGGGUUGACUCAUCUUUACUAAUCAAUGCUUCCUUCCACAACUACAGACUGUACACAAAAGAUGGUGUCAGUGAUUUCUGUAUUUGCAUUUAAGUGUCUCAAUUUUACUUUCAACACUACAAGAACAUAUGGGUGCAUCACAUAGAAACUAAAUUUAUUUAACUGUCUAAACCUUCACCAGAAGAGGUCAUAUUUCAAAACCACUGUCUCAAAGAGAGAUGUAGCAUAAUAUUUAAAGUUUGUCUGACACUGAUUUAACAGAUAACUAAAAUGCUAUGAAUAAAUAUUGUUUCAAAGAGAAACCUAGCAUUUAUAUACAGUUUAAAAGAGUGUUUUAUUAAGUGUUUUUUAUUUCAUGUCCAGAAACAUGAUUUACUCAAAAAACGAGACAUCGGCUUCGGACGAGAACUGUGGUAAUGUCGACACAUCAGCCAACCCUUUCUUUAUGCUGGUCUACAGUCUGGUGUUUCUGGUGGGUUUACCCCUCAAUGGCUUCAUCAUGAAGUUUUACUGUUGUCGGGCUCGGCAGCAGGCAUCCAGCAGCUUGAUGGUCUACCUGAAGAACCUGACAGCUGCUGACUUCCUGCUCUGCCUCUCUCUGCCACUGCGCAUCGCCCACUAUGCCAUCAGCAGCUCUCCAUCGUUCAGCUGCUCUCACUGCACAGUUGGAGCUUCUGCUUUUUUCCUCAACAUGUACGCCAGCAUCAUAUUUAUGGCGUACCUCGCUGCCAAUAGGUAUCGGAAAAUCGUACAUCCUUCAGGAACUGUACGAACAGUACGAACUGCGAGAAUCAUCUCUGUCAUCACCUGGGUUAUUCUCCUGGCUCCAACAAUCACUUUUAUCAGCUUUUUUAUCAGCUCCAAGGAACCUUUGACCUCUAAUUACUGUGUUGAUUCCUUUAGUUCAUCAGUCAGCCUGCUGUACAAAAUCCUCCACACCUUCUCUGCAAUCAUUGUCCUCUUGAGUCUUCAUAUCCCUGGUCUUCUUCUACUACAGCAUCUCCCGCAGGGUGUUGCAGGCACAGCAGAGGCAGCUGGCCUCCUCUGGUUCUGAGAAGCUGGUGAAGUCUCGCAGGAACAUGUUGGUGCUGGUCAGCAUCUUCUGAUUUGCUUUGUCCCCUAUCACCUGGUUCGACUUCCCUACCCCUUUCUGCGGACCAGCUGCUCUGUGGGUCGAGUUUUGUACUACCUGCAGGAGGCAGCCGCCAUGGUGUCAGUUUUCAACGUCUGUCUGGACCCUGUUGUUUACUUUUACCUCUGUAAGACUUUUCGAGCUCAGGUGAGAAAGGCGUCCAGG